UUACUUAAUUUUUUAGAAUUAUAAGUUUUUUUCGAAGCAGUUAUUUUAAGGGAAAUAUUUGAUUGUCUAGUUAGCCAUACGGUCAUAUGUUCUUUAGUCUUAGUUUACGAAAAUUGUGAAGUUUUAAUGUGAAGUUUAAGAAGUUUAUUGUGUUCUUCCUCUUAUUUGUUAUUGAACUCAUUUCUUGUCAUCGCUAAUGGAGUGUGCACUGAAAUUCUUUGAAGUAUUUUUCCAGAAUAGUUAAUUAACAACAUAUAAAUCAAAAGAGGCUAUGAAAUGAUGAUUUCAAGGGGAAAACUUAGAAGUAUCGCAGAGGUUUGUGCUGAUUGCACUGCCCCAGAUCCUACUUGGGCUUUGCUGAACCGUGGAAUUCUUGUAUGUGAUGAAUGUUGCAGUGUUCAUCGUAGUCUGGGAAGACAUAUUUCCCAAGUUAAAUCAUUGAAAAAGGGUGCUUGGUGUCCUUCUCAGCUGUCUAUGGUUCAUGAUCUGAGCAGUAGUGGUGCCAAUUCCAUUUGGGAAUACACAUUGCUAGAUCCUGGUCCUUACAAAAGUGAACGAAGAAAACCAAAUGCCAAAGAUCCUCUUCACCCAACCAAAGCAGAUUUUAUUAGAGCCAAACAUCAGAAUCUGGCUUUUGUUCAUCGACCCAGCAAGAAUGAAGGACCCAUGUUUAAAUCAGAUUUGAAUAAGCAGUUGAAAACAAUAAUAAGCAAUCAUUAUGAUUAG